UAAUUUUCUUUGAUUAAUUACUCUCGAUUGAAUCACAUCAAAAUGGCGAACAAGAAAUCUCCGGUGGCUGGUCGAGCCUGGCGCCUGCUGCGUCUAGCGCUUCUCUGGGCUCGAAAGGGCGGAGCAUUCAGACGCGAGCUGAUGCUCGACCUGCGCACUGUCUUCAGGAGCAUCCGCGCGCACAAUGCACGUGCAGAGCGCAUUGGCUACUGCGAGCGGGAGUUCUCGUUCGACGAGACUCCACUCUUCACCUUCAAAAUGCACAGGCCCGCAUCAAAGCGACUGUCCAAGAUCCCCUGCAUUACCCCGGCAGUCGACGAUUUGGAGAAUGAUGAUGAUUGGGUUUACUACAAGAAAUAUUUCGCUGAGAAGGAAGCAAAAGAAGAAGAAUAUUUGAGCGUUGAGGAGUCUGAAGAGACGGGGGAAUUGGAGGAAGACGAGGAGGGGAUCGAUUCGAAGGCGGAGGAGUUUAUAGCGAGAUUUUACGGGGAGAUGAAAUUUGAGAGGCAGGUAUCGCUGUUGGAGUACGAUCAGAUGCUUUAUAGAGGAAUAAAUUGAUGAUUGAAGCUGUAAUAUUGGAAGGAGUUUUGAUCCUUUUGCUCGUUUUGUUUUGUUCUGCGGCAUUAUUGUGAAUACUAAGGGUUACUUGGGAGAGAUUUUAAGGUUUAA